GUACCCGUUAAAUUUUUCGAAAACAAGAAAAAAAAUUUCAAUCAUGGCCAAGGGUCCUGGUCUCUACACUGAUAUUGGCAAAAAAGCCAGAGAUCUCCUUUACAAGGAUUACCAGAGUGACCACAAGUUCACUGUCACUACCUACUCUCCAACUGGAGUUGCUAUUACCUCUUCAGGAACGAAGAAGGGAGAACUAUUUCUGGCUGAUGUUAAUACUCAGCUGAAGAACAAGAAUGUCACCGCUGAUAUCAAAGUGGAUACAAGCUCAAAUCUGUUUACAACUAUCACGGUUGAUGAACCUGCUCCUGGGCUGAAAACUAUAUUGAGCUUCAAAGUUCCUGAUCAAAGGUCGGGCAAGAUUGAACUCCAGUAUUUGCAUGAUUAUGCGGGGAUUAGCACAAGCAUUGGGUUGACAGCAAACCCCAUUGUUAACUUCUCAGGUGUUGUUGGAACUAAUGUUCUCUCACUUGGAACUGAUGUGUCAUUUGACUCCAAAUCUGGGGACUUCACAAAAUGUAAUGCUGGAUUGAGCUUCUGCAAUGCAGACCUGAUUGCCGCAUUGACUUUGAACAACAAGGGCGACUCCCUAAGUGGGUCCUACUACCACAUUGUCAACCCCUUGACAAGCACAGCUGUUGGUGCAGAAGUAACCCAUAGCUUCUCAACCAACGAGAAUACCAUCACUGUUGGAACCCAGCACGCAUUAGAUCCAUUGACCACAGUGAAGGCACGAUUGAACAACACUGGCAAGGCGAGCGCUCUCAUCCAGCAUGAGUGGCGUCCAAAGUCACUCUUCACCAUUUCUGGUGAGGUAGACACAAAGGCCAUUGAGAAGAGUGCCAAGGUUGGACUCGCCUUGGCUCUUAAACCCUGAGGGGAGAACCUUCUAGUAGGCAUUAGGAGCACAGGGUAAUUGUUUGUUGGGAUGGACGUCUUAAUGUCGUUUCCUUCUAUUUCAUCGGUUUUGGAUUUGUAAAAAUAAAAAAUUAGAAGGGUCACAAACCUGUGUCUAAACUUUUUUGAGAGUUCUUAACAAUCAACAACAAUCUUUUAUUAAAAUUCAUGUUGAAUCUUGGUAUUUUGA